AUGAAGAACAAGCGAAAGCGCGCGGAGCCAGUGAUCGAGCAAGUUGAUGAAGCACAGGAGGUGGCCGAGUUGGAGGCCCAGGUCGUGGCCACCGCACCUGCUCGUGGAACGCAACCUUUUACGGAGUCCACUGGCGAUCGGCAGCCGUUCACUGCCUUGCCGCUCUCGCAGCGAACGACAAGAGGUCUGACUGGCGGAGGGUUCAAAACCAUGACUGAGAUACAGGUAGCUGCCAUCCCGCAUGCUCUGGCCGGACGGGACGUGCUGGGGGCAGCGAAGACCGGUUCGGGCAAGACGCUGGCGUUUCUGGUUCCGCUCGUGGAGAAGCUUUACCGCAGCCGCAUCACAUUCGGAGAUGGCCUUGCAGCCUUGGUGAUUUCCCCUACGAGGGAGCUGUCCCUCCAAAUCUUCGAGGUGCUGCGCGAGUUUGGGAAGCACCACCAGCUGUCGGCAGGGUUGAUCACGGGAGGCAAGAAGGAGUUCCGCGAGGAGCAGGCGUCUGUUAUCAAGAUGAAUAUCCUCGUGGCAACCCCGGGGCGUUUGCUCCAGCACCUGGAGCAGACACCAGGCUUCGACCCCUCCUUGUUGCAGGUGUUGGUAUUGGACGAGGCUGACAGGAUAUUGGAUAUGGGCUUCCGAGACCAGCUGAACAGCAUUCUAGAGUACCUGCCGCCCUCCCGACAAACGAUGCUCUUCAGCGCCACGCAGACGAAGUCUAUCAAGGACCUGGCUAGGUUGUCCCUCAGAAAGGGCAACGUAGAGUACGUGGCCGUCCGUGCUGGUAAGGACGAGUGCGCGACGCCGGCCAAGCUUGUCCAAAACUACGUGGUGUGCCGAUUAGACAAGAAGCUGGACGUUCUGCUGGGCUUCAUCAAGACUCACCUCAAGAGCAAAAUGAUCGUGUUCUUCACCUCCUGCGCUCAGGUUCGAUUUGCGUUCGAGCUCCUGUGCGCCUUGCAGCCAGGGAUGCCAGUUAUGGCCCUGCACGGGAAGUGCAAGCACGCCCGGCGGACGCAGAUCUACCUCGACUUCGUGCGGAGACCAGGGGCGGUUUUGCUGGCGACUGAUAUCGCUGCGAGAGGGCUCGACUUCCCGUCAGUGGAUUGGGUCAUUCAGGUCGACGCUCCGGAGGAUGCGGAGGGGUACAUCCACCGUGUAGGGCGGACUGCACGUUACAACAGUGGCGGUCGCGCUCUGUUGAUGAUGCUGCCGUCUGAGGAGGAAGGGGUGCUGGCCGGGCUCAAACCCAACAACAUUCCCAUCAAGAGGCUCACCAUCAAUCCCGAGAAGGUGCGCAUGGCGGGUUCAGUCGGCAAGAAAGCGUCGGCGCUUGUGGCGUCUGAUCCAGACAAGAAGCGACUCGCGGAGAAGUCCUUCACGUCCUACGUCAGGGCCGUGCAGCUCAUGCCUAACAAGCAGGCCUUCCGUCUGUCGGAACUCCCCUUGGAGGAGUACGCGUUUUCUCUCGGCCUGGCGGCCGCACCACGAGUUCCGGGUCUAGAGAAAGCGCUCGUAAACAUUCCUUCGGGCGGGAGCGGCGAGGACAAGAAAGGUGGCCCGGGGGAUGGGGGAGGAGGGGCGGAGAACGAGAGACAGCGGGAGGAGGCCCGAGCAAAGAAGAACGUGAAUCGAUCGCUGCAGCGUCUGAAGGAACAAAUCAAGGCGGACAAGCUUCGAAAACGUCUUGAGCGCAAAGGCAAGCUCGAGGAGGCAUCGAAGGCCAGCUUGGAACCUCGAAAAACGAAAGCCCGGGCGGUCAAGGGAACAGCCACCAGCGACGGCAGCAGCAGCGAUGGCGAAGACUCGGAUAGCUCAGAGGCAGACGGCGGUCUUGUUCUCGUGCAAACGGAGCGCUCGGAAGGAGUCGGGAGUGGGGCGGAGCUGGAAGAGGAUGGUGGCGCCGAGGAGCUCCAGCGGAAGAGGAAGAAGAAGAUGAGGAUCACAAGCGACGGCGUUGCGGCGGCAGGCGUUGCAACGAAGAGGGUCUUCGACGAGGACGGUGCUGCCGUGGAUGUGAUCUCGCCGCUACAGGCUUUCGCGAAGGAGACCGGUGUCCCCACAGGUAGUGCAUCCAGCGCCAGUGAUGCCGCUAGCUUGCCCGCAGCCAGCGAAGCAUAUGUGAAGAGGAUCAAGGCUAGACUGGAAGCUGUCGACGGGGAAGACAAGGCGCGCGACCGAGAGCGCGUCCGAGAGAAGCACCUCAAGCGCCGGCUGAAGGAUAAGGACACGGAAGAGGAAGAGUUGGCGGAAGCCCCCACCCUCGGCAGUGGCUCGUCCUCUGACGGCGAUGCUGACAGCGACAGCGAAAGCAGCGGGGGCUCUGAUGCUAACGAAGAUGAUGGCGAGGGGUCAGAAUCUAGUGCAGACGGCGACGACGGGGGCAUAGGAAGCGAUUCAUCCGACGGUGAAGAGAUGCCAGAACAGAGAGCACCGAAGGCUCAUGGGAAGGGUUCGAGGGCGUCCAAGGGUUCAACCGCACGCAGUUUAGAGGAGCAAGAAGACGAGGUCCUUGCUGUGCUUGCUGCGAGGCAGAGGAAGUGAACGUGCUGUCUGUGUGAUGUUGAACUACGGUCGCUGGAACCGUGGCAUUGGGUUUGAUGUACACCGGUGUGUGUAACCAUGUCGGGUGUUGGGGCAGGGCGGAAUCGAAUCCCGCCCUCAGGCGGUUUCAUGGGCCAGGCCAAGGAAUGGUUGUGACCACACAAAUACAUUUCUGCCUUCGGGGGUAAGCAGUAAGCAAGAUAAUGUACGGAGGUACGGACUUUUUCUGUCACAAAAACAUCCAC